CUUUUUCUUUCUUUCUUACACAACUCUAGACUUAAUAAUGACUCGUGGUAACCAAAGAGAACAAGCUCGUUUAAAGAACUUGAAAAAGAAGGAAAAAGAAAAUAAGGGCAAAACCAAUUUGAAUGGUCAGACUAUCACUCAAAAGAAAGAGAAUGAUGCUGCUAUCAUGCGUGCCAAGCAAGAAGCAGCUCUAGCAAAGAAGCAAGCUGACGCAGUAAAGAAAUAACUCACCCCCUCUUGUAAAAAUCUACAUACAUAUAUAUCUCUAUAAUACAUUAAACAUACAGUCAUUUAAAAAAAAAGAAAAAAAAAAGCGUUUUUGGAAUUGAAUGUCCUGCAAAAAGAGUUUGUGU